AUGCCACUUAGUAACCAGCGCACUCUGGAGAGCAUGUUGUCUUUCCUGCUCGUCCUUUGUGGAGUGUGCUUGGCUCAUGGAGCAAAGACUUCGAUCUACGAGAUCUGGGACUCCCCCUUGCUGCAAGACAAAUAUGUUAUGUCGUCGGAGAACGUCUGGAAUGCUUAUCCAGCAGCUAGUGUUGUCGUCUCAACCGAUGGAAACGGCAACUUCACGUCCGUGCAAGACGCAGUGGACUAUGUGUCCUCGACGAUCUGCGUUGAAGCCAACAACUUCGUUGCCGUCAACAUCACUUUUCAAAACUCAGCGCCUCCACCACCGCCGCUUAGUAACGCAACCGCCAAUGGUCCUAUGGCAGUAGCGCUCCGCAUUUCCGGCACGAUGGCUGCAUUCUACAGCUGCCGUUUCAUUGGAUGGCAGGACACCCUCUAUGAUCAUAAGGGUCUUCACUACUUCCGCGACUGCUACAUUGAAGGGAAUAUUGAUUUUGUCUUUGGCGAUGCAACAUCUGUAUAUGAGGGAUGCGUUUUCUAUGCCAAAGCCAGGAAGAAUGGCGGAGCAGUGGCAGCGCAGUACAGGAGGACAACGACUAAGCGGUCUGGCUUCGUAUUUGUUCGCAGCAUUAUCACAGGGAAUGGUCGGGUUUACCUGGGAAGGGCUUGGGGAAAUGCGAGUAGGACAGUAUAUGCUUGGUCAUAUAUCAGCAACAUUGUACAAAACGGAGGCUGGUACGACUGGGGUGAUGUAUCCAGACAUAACACCACCUUCUUUGCCAUGUUCGACUGUUGGGGGCCUGGAACAAAUACAAGCGGAUGGGUGCCAUGGAGCCAUGUCCUCAACAUCUCUCAGGCGCAGCCAUUUCUCUCGUACAGCUUCAUUGAUGCUUGUCAGUGGCUUGGGCCCCUGCCUCAAGGAGCUGGGAACCUAACUCACCAGCUGGGCUACAGAGUGAAGUUUGAUCAAUUUCCAUCAGCCCCAACAUACCCUUACACCUGCUGUAUGGGCACACCACCACCUCCACCAGUGCCUGUGGUUCAGCCUCCCUCGGCAGCACCAAUUGGUUCACCUACUGCUGCUCCACCAUCACUGCCUUCACCUGUAACUGUUACAGGAAGUGUUCUUUUACCGCCAUCUCUCGCAUCCCUGCUUCGCGGUUAUCCCCCACCACCUCUGCAAACCCGGCAACAAUCAUCUAUAAGUUUGGCUGCUCCAGCUCCUGCUGGUUGA